AUGAAUCUACAUGCUUUGCCAGUCAGAGAGUUCACCAUAGUGGAGGAGAUGAUCACAUGGCACAGCUGGUUUAACCAGGUGCCACCGUCUUCUCUGUGCAAUGGCAACUGUCAUCCAGGUUACAGCAAAACAAAGAAGGAAGGAGAGCCAUUUUGUUGCUAUGAUUGUUCUCCAUGUCCAGAAGGGAAAAUUUCAAACCAAACAGAUUCGAAGAACUGUUUCAGCUGUCCUGAAGAUCAGUAUCCAAACAAGUGUCAGGAUCAAUGUGUUGCCAAAGUUAUAAAUUACCUGUCUUAUAAAGAGCCUUUGGGAACUGCUUUAGCUUUGUUGACUGUGUCUUUUUCUCUGAUCACAGCUAUGAUAACUGGGAUUUUUAUUAAGCAUCAAAACACCCCCAUAGUCAAGGCCAACAAUUGGUCCCUCACCUACUCCCUGCUUAUUGCCUUGCUGUUCUGUUUCCUGUGCUCCUUUUUAUUUAUUGGCCUGCCUGAGACAAUGACCUGCUAUUUACGGCAAACUGCUUUCGGCAUCAUCUUCACAGAGGUGAUUUCAUGCCUGUUGGCAAAAACCGUCACUGUGGUUCUGGCUUUCAUGGCCACCAAGCCAGGAGCCAGAAUAAAGAAAUGGGUGGGGAAAAAGUUGGCAAUCUCUCUUAUAUUUUCUGCCUCCGUUGUUCAAGCAGGGAUUUGUGUGGCAUGGUUAGGAACCACUCCCCCAUUUCUUGAAUUUGAUACGCACUCAUUGGCUGGGGAGAUUGUCAUACAAUGUAAUGAAGGGUCUGUAAUGAUGUUUUACUGUGUUUUGAGUUUCAUGGGCUUCCUAGCCAUUGUCACUCUCAGUGUUGCUUUCCUAGCCAGGAAGCUCCCGGAUAGCUUUAAUGAAGCUAAAUUUAUUACUUUCAGCAUGUUGGUGUUCUGCAGUGUUUGGGUGUCCUUUGUUCCAGCCUACCUGAGCGCUAAAGGAAAACUUAUGGUGGCUGUGGAGAUCUUCUCCAUUUUAGCAUCUAGUGCUGGUUUACUGGGAUGUAUCUUUUUACCCAAAUGCUACCUCAUUGUUUGGAGGCCUGAGCUGAACAACAAGAAUCAGUUGAUGAGAAGAAAUAAGCAAUAA